UAAUAAUACAUUGUAUUUAAAAGCGCCUUUCAGAACACCCAAGGUCACUUGACAGAAAACACGUAAUAAAACACAAUAAAACAAUAAUAAAACCCAAACAAGAAAAAAAAACUGAGAGAAACAGUUCAAUAAAAUCAGAGGUUGUAGGCAGAUUUAAACAUAUGUGUUUUGAGUUUUGUUUUGAAAAGGGUGAAACUGUCGAUGUUCCUGAUGUCUGGGGGAAGUGAGUACCAGAGACGAGGAGCAGAGCGGCUGAAAGCUCUGCUCCCCAUGGUAGCGAGACGGGCAGAAGGAACCGCAAGAUGGAUGGAAGAAGAAGAUCUGAGAGAAUGGGAUGGGGUGUGAAUACUUAUAAGGUCUGAGAUAUAUGGAGGAGAGAGGUUGUGGAUUGCUUUGAAGGUAUGGAGGAGAAUUUUGAAGAUGGACCUGAAUUUAACUUGGAGCCAGUGAAGCUGCUGGAGAACCGGGGUGAUGUGGUGAAAGGAAGGGGUUCUGGUGAUAAUACAGGCUGCUGAAUUCUGGACCAGUUGCAGUUUAUGAAGGAGUUUGUUGGGGAGACCAUAAAGAAGUGAAUUACAAUAAUCGAUACGGGAGGUGACGAGGCUGUGGACGAGAAUGGCGGCAGUGUGAGGGGUCAGAAAUGCAAAGAAAUACAGAGAAAUGCAAAAGUACACUUAUCAAAAUAAAACUGCGUUCUUGUGUCUCCAGGAGGAUGUGUUGCCUCUUUGCAGAAGGAAAAUGGGAAAUUCACCUCCUUCGAAUCAUCAGCCUUUUCCUGACAGUAGCUGCUCCACCGACAGUACAUUGCUCCUUCCUGGGAGACACCAAAGCUGUGAUAAAUGUCUGUUACGACCACUGGACCCUACAAAGCCCAAUCGUCUCCGUGCCACGUCUCAUGACCGUGUGUGUGGACGUUCGGGUGGUUGUCCCUGGAUCCUGGGUGGCUUUUUCCUACAACUCUGUCUACGGGAUUUAUCCCGAUUUGGGUCUGGAGGGAGACUCGGACAUGAUAUAUGGGUGGCUGCUACAAGUCCGGCACCAGUUUCCAAUCCAGAUGCUCCCAACCAUUUGGCACAGAGUUUGUCUGAGGAGGGACGAAGCGAGGAACGUGUUUAGUCUGGAGGUAGAUGGGAAGAUGGUGGCAGAAAGGACCGUCAUCGCUCAGGCCAUCCCUGCAUAUGGCUCCCUUUGGCUGGGCUGUAACCCUAGAAACGGAUUAGGUGGGAAUGUGGAGCUGUACUUGUUCCGGAUGUGGGCAGACUUGGGUGAUCACGAGUUUUGUGAGGAUGGGACGGUCGUUGGCUGGAAUUCACAAUCCUGGGCAGUGACCAGUUCCAAAUCCAGAGAAACACAACCACAUCUUCACUGCGGCCCAGAUUACUCAAAUAGUACAGACAUUAUGGCUUCAACCCCCUCCUCUAACACCAGUCCAGCCAAUCCGCUUUCAACCAGCAGCCGUGUGCAUCCAAUGACAUCAGUGCCUGUCAAACAAAACCUGCAGGAAGGAUUGUUGUCAUCAGGAUCACCUUUAGUAAACUGUAACAUCAGUCAGCUUUGUUCCAAUCAAAGUGCUUACUUUUGGAUGCUCAUAAACGUGAACGCCUCAGAGAGCAGCAAGACUGAACAGGAGCUCAACAGUUUGGUGAGAAUAAAAACUUUUUCUGCUUUCCGAUGAGAUUGUUGUAAAUUGUUCACACUCCAGCUGUGCACUGACUCACUCCUUUAAUUGCUUUAAAUGUCACAUUUUUGCAGACCAGUUUUCCUGAAGCAGGAUUAGCCUGUGGAACAGAAGCCUGUUGAUGCUGCUGAGAGGAAUUCUGUUAAAGGCUGACAUUCACGUUGUAAAGAAAUACCUCAGCGAUGGUUUUUCUUUUGUUAUAUCAGCCUCAGGCUUUACUUUCUUUUGUUGACCCCUGUUAUCUGAUCUGUUGUACACAUUCGUUGUCUAAAAUUCCCAGUAUUCCCAUUCUUUACUAUUUCAUCACCACACAGUUCUGUGUAAAGGGUUCAAAUUCAAAUUCAAAGAUACUUUAUUAAUCCCAGAGGGAAAUUAGAGUUUCAGUGAACACAAUUCUGAGAUUAGACAUACAGACAUAGGCAUAGACACAUGACAAGAAUUGGUGACUGUGGUCAUUCACAACCCGAGUCACGCUACCUUAAUGGAGAACAGAGGGGUUUAUACAUGAGGAUUGGUUCAGGUGGAGGAAAAAAAAGGCACUUCAGAGUUACCCUCCACAGAGAGGGCAGCUUUGCUCUGCAAAAAACACCUCAGACAGAAAUGCAACAGACUUCAGACAUCACACAACAUAAGUGUCCACUAGGUGGGGUGGUAGGGUUGGGGACUCUCCACACGUCAGUGCAUGCAGCCACGAUGAGCAGCGCUCGUCACCUCAGUCUGGACAGGGGAGGGAGGUCGUUGGGUUUGGAGGGCACAGUGACUCCUGGAACGAUUCUGCAGCCUUCACAGCCCACAGUCCCGCCCAGGCUGGGAAUGGGAGAUAGAGUUGCCAUAGCGACGGCAGCAUUCCACAUUUCUUCUGAGGGGGGCAUUCGUUGUAGCCUCUCAGGCUCAAGGGCACCAGAUUCAGAUAUGAAAUAGUUUUGUGGCCA